UUAAGUUAAUAGACUUAAAUUCAGUUAUCGCUGGGGCCUCUUGUCAGAUAGUGUUUCAUCUUUUAGCUUUACCAAUAUGUAUGACGUAAUAUUCUGUGACGUAAUUAAGUCUUUUACAGAAAUUCCUGGAAGCAAGCUGUUUGAAUUUGAUUGUUAGCGGAAAAUUUGUAAAAAGCUAUCUUUAAUUCUAAAGUAGGCACAAUGUUGAGAAGAACAGCAAGAAAGCGUAAAGCCAAGGGUCAGGAAAUAGCACUCCCGAGGAACGCCACUACAAGGGCAGAGAUACUAACUACUGGAUACCAGACGCAAACAUCCAUGUCAAGGCCAUCACUACUUUUAGGUCCCACUAGUGCAACUGCUAGCCAACAGAGCACCGCAUCAGCAGAUACCCAUACUGUGUCAAGUCACACAUACAUCCCAGACAAUAACAUACCAAUGCAAAAUGCAGGCAACCUGGUUCAUACCCUCGACAGAGACCUGCUAACACUUUUAUGGGACAUGGGGCAUACCCCCAUAAGAAUUAAAUGUUUAGAAGCUUGUUUGGUAAGUUACCCUGACAAAGUGGUUGCUGCUGAAAUUUUAUUUGGUUUUUCUCAUGGUUUCAGACUUCAGUAUACAGGCCCUCGCAUUCAUUCUUUUUCAAAAAAUUUAAUUUCAGCUGUACAAAAUAGUGAUGCAGUUUUAUUCAAGUUGCAAGAUGAGGUAAAUCGUGGUAGAAUGUUAGGACCUUUCAAAGUUAUGCCCAUUUCAACCCUCCGUAUAAAUCCUAUAGGUCUUGUGCCUAAAUCAGACAGUAGUUGGAGACUUAUAACAAAUUUAUCGUUCCCGCCUGGUGAAAGUGUAAAUUCGUAUAUUGAUCAAGUAUAUUGCAAGGUGAAUUACACGUCAUUAGACACUAUUUUGGAAAAAAUUUAUGAAUGCGGAAUGUCAUCAGAACUGGCUAGAAUUGAUGUUAAGUCGGCUUUUCGGAAUUUGAUAGUGAAUCCUGCUGAUUUUGAUUUGCUUGGAAUUAAAUUCAAUGACCACUUUUACAUUGACAAAGCUCUUCCUUUUGGGUGUUCGAUAUCGUGUAAUUUAUUCGAAAAGUUUGCAACGUUCCUGCAGUGGCUUGUUGAAGAACGUAGUAAGUUACAUACAGUUGACCAUUACUUAGACGACUUUAUUUUUAUUGGUGCCAAAUCAACUGGCCAUUGUGGUAUUUUAAUGGAGGCUUUUAGCAAGGUUUGUAAUGAAUUGGGGGUUCCUAUUGCACAAAACAAAACAAUUGGGCCUGCUACAGUCAUUCCCUUUUUGGGUUUUCUCAUUGAUACUGUUCGUAUGAUGGUUAUUAUUCCUAAAGAGAAAUUGGAAAAACUGCAGUAUGAGUUGAGUUCUUUAUUACAGAAGAAAAAGAUGAUGUUGAGAGAGUUGGAAUCUAUCACUGGUUUAAUGUCUUUUUGUUCAAGGGCUAUUCCUUCUUCUCGAGCUUUUAUACGUAGGUUUUAUGAUCUAAUUGCAUCAGUUAAGUGUAAUAAGCAUCACUAUAAGGUUAGAAUAAAUAAAGAGGUUAAAGCUGACGCGACGCUUUGGUUGCAAUUUUUAAACGAUUUCAAUGGUCAGUGUUUUUUCCCUGAAAGAGUUUGGUUAUCAAAUGAUAUUCUACAGCUUUUCACAGAUAGUUCUGGCAAUCAAUUUUUAGGUUGUGGAGCUUUCUUUAAUGGUAAGUGGUCUCAGUUACAGUGGCCUCAAAUUUGGUGUUCAUCACCCAUAUUGAUGAAUUUGGCUUUGCUUGAGUUGAUUCCUGUUAUUCUUGCUUUGUAUUUAUGGGGAGAUUUGUUACGUAAUAAGAAAAUUCGCUUUAAUAUAGACAAUUUAGCUCUAGUGAGUAUAGUUAACAAGAGAACUUCUAAGGACAAGCAAAUAAUGAAACUUAUUCGCCCCCUGGUGUUGUUAACCAUGCUUAAUAACAUUCAGUUUGCUGCUGUGCAUAUAAAAGGUUCUGAAAAUAAAAUAGCCGAUGCCAUUUCUCGUUUUCAGAUGGAUCGUUUCAGAUGUUUGGCCCCAACAGCAGAUACUUACCCUGCUCCAAUUCCACUAGAAUUUAUGACUGUCAUUUUAGACCUUUAGUAACCAGUUUGAUUGAAAGUUCCAUAGCGCCCAGUACAUUGCAGAUAUACCAAAGAGGGCAAGCACUUUUUUACGAGUUUAGAUCUCUCUAUGGUUUAAUGAAUACUUGGCCUAUUCCUCUUUGUGAGUUGUUAAGUUUUAUUGCUUACUUGUUCAAGAAAGAAUUAUCACAUUCAACAAUUAAUUGUUACGUUACUGGACUGGGAUUUUUUAGUAAGGCAAACAAUUAUGAGGAUGUUACACAAAAAUUUGUAGUUCGGAAGCUUUUAGAAGGUAUAAAACGCUCAAGGCCUAAGAAAAAUGAUUUACGUUUACCUAUAACCAGAGACAUGCUGAAAUCUAUUAUUUUUUCUUUAGCGUGUGUUUGUAAAACUCGCUAUGAAUUAAGUUUGUUUAAAGCGGCCUUUUCACUUGCUUUUCAUGGUUUAUUUAGGGUAGGAGAAUUGGUUGUUACUAAUAGUUUACAGGGCCAUACAUUACAGAUAUCAGACAUACAUAUUGUAAGUGGUCUGCUUCAAGUGUGCAUUACUUCGUCCAAAACAGAUCAGUUGGGGAAAGGUUCAAACAUUUGGAUUUAUCCUCAGUCAGAUUUGAACAUUUGUCCUGUUAAUUUGGUCAGUGAGUUUAUUAAGUUGAGACCCCCCGUUUUAGGUCCCCUUUUUUGUCAUUUUGACGGUAGUCCUUUAUCUAGGUAUCAGUUCGUGACUUUAUUAAAGAACGCUAUUGAUUUGUCUGGUAUUGAUAAAACCAGAUAUAGUUCCCAUUCUUUUCGUAUUGGUGCAGCAACCACCUUGUCAAUGGAUGGGGUAUCGGAUAGUGAAAUAAUGAGGUUGGGUCGUUGGAGUUCUAAUGCUUACAAGGGUUACAUAAGAAUUUAGUAUCAUUUAUUUGCUUUAAGUAGUUGAUUGUAUUUGUAUUAUAUAUAGGUAUUGUAGGUGAUCCUGUAAAUGUCUGGAUAGUAGGAUCAUCUAUAGUCAAGCACGCCUUUGUGACAGCUCGGGAUCGGCCAGGUGGGGUAAACUUAGGUUUAGGUCGUUUGAAUGCCUCAUUUUGGUGGCAAGGCAAGGGUGGCAUGCUAGUCAGACAUGUUAAAGGUCAGCUCAGGACAAUGAAAAAAUAUGAGGAUCCUCCACAUUUUUUAGUAUUACAUGUAGCUGGAAAUGACUUGGGUAGUUCCAAGGUGGGUUUUUUGCGUAAUGAAAUAAAGAACAUAAUUCGUUGGAUAAUGAAGGAAUUUCCCAAAUCUAAGUUGAUAUGGUCUCAAAUUUUGACAAGGUUGAAAUGGCGUCAUUCUGAUGAUCACAAAGCAAUGGACUUGUGUCGCUAUAGGAUUAACAACUCUAUUGCCGCCUUUAUAGUUAGCUGCGGUGGUUACUACAUUAAACAUCCAGAUAUUCAUGCAGAUCAAAUUUUUUUUGAAUCAGAUGGUGUUCACUUGUCAUCCUUAGGAAACGAAUUGUGGUUGAAUAUCUUACAGGGUGCAAUGGAACACUUUAUACAAUUCAAGAACUGUGCUUCCACUUUUCCUUGUUAGUUAUAUAUUUUAUGACAUACGUCACCUAUCUGACAUUUAUCUAUCUACAUAUACAUCUAUCUAUAUAUAUAUAUAUUAUGAAUAAAAUACAAUUAUAGUUACAAUCAUUUAUGAUAUAAAAUUACAGAUACUAUUAGUUUAGGAUAUAUAAAUACAAAACUAUCAAUAUUUGAUAUACAAAUACUUUACAAUCUAUAUAUGAUAUAAUAAUACAGAUGCAAUCAUCUAUGUGUAUAUAGAACUUGUUGUUUUGGUAAUUUUGUAUGUUUCUUUUUACUUAGGUUUGUAUAUAUUUUACGACAAUUGUUCGAUAAUCAAUUGAUUAUCUAUCUAAUUAUCUGGUUCACAGCUUUGCAGCGAACCGCCUUUUUUAUGGCGGUUGACAGAGUCUCUGUUUUCCUCCGUCAAUGUGGCAGAAUUCGCUGCAUAGAAUCUUAAUUUUAACUAUGACAUUUUAGGUUUUUGGAUAAUACAGACUACACUUGUGUAUCCCACGGUGUUUUCUAAAUUUGAAGCACCCGUGUAUCCCACGGUGCACCUUCACAUUUUAAUAUAUCUAUCUAUCUAUCUACAAGGUUGCCAUAUUAUCUUCGGGUAACCAAUCAUUUAUCUAUCUACAAUACAUCUAUUUACAAUACAUCUAUCUACAAUACAUCUAUCUACCUAUAUAUAUAUAUAUAUUAUUGGAUCUAUAUUAUGAAUAAAAGCUGUGGCCAGAUAUCGCCAAUCCAUAUAUGCAUUUUGUUUUUAAUGGCACCAUCUGAGAUAAUGGAAUUUAAGUUAAUAGACUUAAAUUCAGUUAUCGCUGGGGCCUCUUGUCAGAUAGUGUUUCAUCUUUUAGCUUUACCAAUAUGUAUGACGUAAUAUUCUGUGACGUAAUUAAGUCUUUUACAGAAAUUCCUGGAAGCAAGCUGUUUGAAUUUGAUUGUUAGCGGAAAAUUUGUAACCCACCCUCCCACUCCUUUUUGUUCGAGAUACUGCUCUUUUGCAUUUAUUUUUCAGAUUUCUGUCCGUGGCAGUGGUAAUCCAGAUUAGACUCGGAUGAUCUUGACUCGUUUGCUGUUCAGACGAAAGACUUUAUUUGAACUUUAAUCAUCAUAAAUAGAUGCCCGUAAAUGGCAGAAUUCGCUGCAUAGAAUCUUAAUUUUAACUAUGACAUUUUAGGUUUUUGGAUAAUACAGACUACACUUGUGUAUCCCACGGUGUUUUCUAAAUUUGAAGCACCCGUGUAUCCCACGGUGCACCUUCACAUUUUAAUAUAUCUAUCUAUCUAUCUACAAGGUUGCCAUAUUAUCUUCGGGUAACCAAUCAUUUAUCUAUCUACAAUACAUCUAUUUACAAUACAUCUAUCUACAAUACAUCUAUCUACCUAUAUAUAUAUAUAUAUUAUUGGAUCUAUAUUAUGAAUAA